AUGAGUGUGGCGGCGUUAGAAGAAAUUCAAUCGUGGAACUGUAAAGACUCUUUAUCAGGUGCAUUUUUACUUUUAAAUGGUAUUUGUCAAUCUACAUUUAUUAUUUCAUUACUUUGUUCAGAAAAAUUAUUAGCUUAUACUUUACCAAUAAAAUCCGAAGUAUUAAAAAUUCUUUCUGAAAAGGGACCCAGGAAACUUAAAUUUUAA